AUGUUCGAAUCGAGAUCAACCCUUACUCUUACACCCGAAACUGUCACGGCGUCGUCACCCCAGACGACUGCUCCGCCCACACCCCAGUCUGACACUCUGUCGAUCAUAGAACGCCUAAGUCCCAAAGAUCAAGCACUUUUAGCGAACCCACCGUACCCUUUAACUCUAUGUCUCGAGGAGCUCGUAGCGCCGGGCACGAAACCACGUAAAUCCCGACGGAAAGACGAUAGUACGCCUCCCAGGCCUCAAAACGGCUUCAUUAUAUUCCGUAAGGACUGUGACGCAAAGUUACAAUUAAUUUACCCAGACGGGACGUUCAACAGUCAGAUAAUCUGCAAGAAAGUCGGAGAGGAAUGGCGUCGGCAACCACCAGUUGUGAAAAAAUUCUUCCAGAUACUUCAAAAAAUUGCUUUUGAAAAGCACAAGGAGCUAUAUCCCGAUUACAAGUAUACUCCCAAGAAAAGGAAGUCAUUCAAAUGCGAAAAGAAAUUUGAUGUAUACGGGGACUUGAAAGGAUAUAGAUCAAAAUACACACCAGUGUUUGCCGCGCCAUAUCGUUUAUUGAAUCUCCAACAAAUGACUGUAGAUCCGUCCAUAAUCACUGGAGUUCCUCCCGCGACGACUAAUGUCAUCCAGCACCCGAUCGUGACUAAUCAUCCCGUUCAAUACGAAAUGCCUUGUCUGGAUGAUUAUGAUUUUUCAAAGGAACGAGACGAACAUGAUGGUGGGUUCCUGCCUUUGACUGUAGGAGAAAUACCAGAAUACAGAAUGUGA